AUGAAAGGCCAGAGAAAGCGCAAUGCUACACUGGCUCGGAAAAAAGAGGAGCAAGCGGCUCAGCAAGAGGAAGAAAAGGCUCAGCAGAGCGAGGCCGAGCAGGCGAAAGAGAGGCACAAGCUGAGGUUCUUUGAUGAUACCCUCGAUUCCCUUUCAUCCCGUGGAUAUACAUUGGGACAACUGGUGCAGUAUGUCUCAGAUCCAACUCACAGCCAAGGUCAGGCACAUUGGGAGAGUCUUUUUCGAGACCGGAAAUCUGUUCCGUCAAUUCUUGAACUUUGGGCUACCAAGGGCAGUACAGUUUCAAAGGAACAAGUUCAUACCUGGGCUGUAGAUUUCAUGUCAGAGGAGGUUAAGCAAGAAGCCCAAAGAAUCACGGAGUCAGGCUAUCUUCAGACCCUGAAACGAAAGGUGGACAGCACAUUAGUCCUCAAUCUCGACCUCAAGACCAUAUAUGCGCACCUGACGUGCAAUGGGUCCAUCUUCAUGAACAUCCUUCAGUCUCUUGCAACCUUGGCUCGUCAGCUCAAGAGUGCACCAAUAGAGCGUAUGGCUAAAAAGAUAAAGGUUGUAACAUCGGCCGCGUUAUCGUUGUUGGGGGAAUACAGUUACAACAAUAACUGGCCAAAGAAGGUCAUUGGCCUGUAUAUGUACAGCACUGGCUCCCAACGCCAACCGCUCAGUGUGAUGUCGCACUUGGGUCUAUCUGAAAGCUAUGAUGCAAUUACUGGAAAACAGCGUCGGAAGAAGAAAAAAGCGGCCACUAGCGAUGCAUUGCCGCUGAUUGAAGAGCUUCUGAAGUCAAAAGCAGGGACCCUCCAUCAACUCUCGCGCUCGAUGGUGGAUGCCGCAUCUGCUGUAGCAUCAACAGGCCUUUUUGCCACUUUGUAUGAUAAUAUCAACAUGGUGUUCCGUGCAGCUGAGCAAAUUGUUGGGCGGACAGAUGCUCAGGAGAAUGGCACAUGUGCCACAAUUUGGCCGCUGUGGAAGGCAAGACUGGAAGACAUGAAAGUCGAGGACCUGACUUCCACCUUUGAUCAAGCACCCCUGCUCUCUAUUCAUGAUUUCGGGGAUGAUCUUGCACGCACACUGCCAGUCAGUGACGAGAAGAUUGAGCUCAACAAAACACCACUCCACCCUCUCCCAGCCAUGGAUAUUGAUGAGUCUACAAUCAUUGGUGGGGCCAAGGUUGUGGAAACAAUUUUUGACAUACUCGGGAUUCGCAAAGUGAAGGGCUGGCUUGGGACCAUCAAGUUUUUUUGUGGCGAUCAGCUUACUAUCACUCGGCUACGGGCGCUUGUCAAUAUUCGGGCUGGCCAUGAGGGAGGCUAUUCAGGCUUUGGGUGGGGCGUUUGGAUGCCAGGACUUUUCCAUGCGAAGAUGGCUGAUGUCCAUGGCUGUCUUCUGACACAUUGGGGGAAACCGUCUGCAGGAACUCGAAAUCCAGGAUGCUUGGCCUUUCACAACACAGUUCUCCAACAUAAGCCCAUCACCAUUACAUCCCCCCCACCCUUUCGCACAUGCCGUGAUCUUAUCUUUGUGUCACUCUAUGCCCGGGUCCUGCACUGUCUGCUUCUUGUCUCAAAGAAGGCAUCUCUCAAGGAGUGUCUCGAGGAUUUGACGUGGGCCCAACUUGAACUCUACUCAACAGAAAUCCUUGAGAAAUUUGGAAGUGCGGACAUUGUUUCUGAGCUGAGACAGAAGCGGAAACAAGCUGCAGCGAAGCUGACCACAGAGAUGCCAGUGCAUGACGGUGACAUGGUGUUCGAAAAUGCUGUUCUCUUCUUUUGCGAUGCUCUUCUCUCGCUUCUGAAAACCUGGGCGCUUAGCUUUCAGGGAAGUGGCCGAACAAAAUAUGCACAUGAAAUGUUGCAUUUAAUCCAUAACCUCACCCAUGUAUGGCCCAGGGAAAUCCGAAACAUUGUCCUCAAUAACUGGUUGAUAAAUCCCACUGGGAACCCAAAUUCAUGGAUCGAGGUUGACCUUAUGCAGGAACACAUGAAUUUUUGGAUUAAGAAUUUCUACCGAGCCCAUGGCAGCUCUGCAUCAUGGGAAUGGCUCGAAAUGGUGGCCCCAUGUGUUGAGAUCCUUCGACAGCUUGCUUGUGGGUUUAAACAGAUGCUCGGGUCGGACUUAGGGACUGCCCACCAUCCUAUGGACUUGUCCCAUGAUCUGCCUGAUCUCAUGGAUAGUCUUGAAGAUCAUGAAGUUUACAUCUACAAGAAAGGCCGAUAUCUAGAUGAGGAUGAUGCCCCAGCAGUCGAUAUCAUUUCCUCUGGGCUCAAGGAUCUUCUCAAAGGAAAAGAAAGUCCUUUAGUCAACUACAACGACGCAUUCCAUCACCUCCAGGCAAGACGUCGCCUCAAACCGUUGGUGGGAUCCGAGUCGGAUGAGGACGAGGCUCCUGCUGCUCAGACAUCACUUGCGACCACUGUCGAAGUUCUUCGACACUCGGAGGAUCCCGAACUCGAGGAUCCAGGAUCGCAGGAAGAUGACGAAGAGUCCGAGCACCCCGGUGAGUUCCUACAAGAGUUUGAAGACGGGAAUGUCCAAGAAUUAUCCCUCGAGUCUGCAGCGGAUGUCUGCCUUGACAUGGAUGCUGAAGAUCUUGCCACACUUGACCGAGAUGUUGACUUGGAGCAUGAACAUGACUCAGAUUUGGACACUGAUGAAGAAGGAGGCUUUGUUUAA